AUGUUCUUAAAAUGUGAGGGAGUGAAGGACAUAGAAAUAUCAGGACCCAGCCGUAUUAGAGCAACAUGCGAAACUGCAGAACAAGCAAACAAACUGAUUGAAAAUGACAUCUUUAAACUCUACAAGUAUGAAGCUUUUAUCCCUGCAGAAAAAGCUGAAACAAAAGCCAUAAUACACAUCGACAAAGUUUUCACUAUAGAAAAAAUCACCCAUGCCGGAAAAGGAUUAAACGACGAGAAAAUAAUAAGAGCCAGAAGAUUCACAAAAAAAAUCCUUAAAGAAGACAAUUCCGAAGAAAUAAUUGAACUAAACACCGUCCUAUUGUACUUUAACACAGAUAAAGCCCCGACUCACAUCACUAUAAAUGGACUACGUAUUCGUACAGAACAGUACAUUGAACCAGUGGUUCAAUGUAGAAACUGUUUGGCAUAUGGACACUACAAAGCCCAAUGCCGCUCCACCACCAAAUGCCUAAAAUGCGGAAGCACUGACCAUAUUUUAGAGACAUGCAACGCGGAAAAACCAACUUGCACAAAUUGUAAAGGAGAACACAACACAAAUGACAAAAAUUGA